UAUAAGUUUAUAUAAGAGAAAGCACUACAAAAGUAAAAUCUACCUGUCCCUAUCUUUCUAUCCACCCAUCCCUCCCUCCGGGUCCUCCUCCUCCGUCACUCCCGGGUCCUCCUCCUCCCUCAGCCCUGGUCCCUCCCUCCAGCCUCCACCUCCUCACCGGAGCUCUGUGUUAUAUGCAAACCGAGCAGCAGACACCUCCCUCCGCAGUUCAGGCUGAACUUUCAAUGGACGUACUCCUCUAACCGGACUCCUCUAACCGGACUUUCUUCUCCCGUUUACCCGCCAGAGGAGGAAGUGAAGCCCGGGGCGGUUCACCUCACCUCUCCGCUGAAACUGCGACUCAUCCCGGGGAACCUGUGGAGGAGGAAUACCUCCAUUUGAACUUCCGGAUAAACUUCCUGCUGCUGGUGUUCUUGUCCCCGUCGCGUCGGGUCUGAUCCUCCCAUCGACCACCAUGUCUCUCCGGACCAGCCAGAAGACGACCAGCACCUCCUACCGGACCGUGAACGUGGCCCCGCAGGAGGAGGUGACCACCACCUCCUACCGGACCGUGAACGUGGCCCCGCAGGAGCAGGUGUCCACCACCUCCUACCGAACCGUGAACGUGGCCCCGCAGCAGCAGGUGACCGGCACCCUGAUCUCCUCCGGGUCCGUGUCCCCGCAGAACGACUUCCCCUACGAGACGGUGCGGUACCUGGUGCCGGUGCAGCAGGGCAUGCAGCAGCACCACCAGAACUUCGUGAUGAUGCCGCAGCAGGUGAUGCAGCCCAUGAUGCAGCCCAUAAUGCAGCCCAUGGUGCAGCCCAUGAUGCAGCAGGUGGUGCGGUGCGUGUCCCCCAUGUACCUGCAGACCCUGCCCCGCCAGCAGAAGCUGCUGAGCGUCAGCAGCCAGGAGUCCGACCUGUACCUGCAGCAGCAGACCAUGGAGAGCAUCAGCGGGAAGUCGUCGAUGUACAGCCUGUCGUCCAGUCCUGUCAAGAGCCCUGAGCCGAGCGCUGAGGAGGAGGAGGAGGAGGAGGAAGAGGAGGAGGAAGAAGAAGAGGAAGAAGAGGAGGUGGAGGUGGAGGAGGUGGAGAUCAUCAACGUCAUAACACAGAAGCCGCCGCCGGCCAUAGAGAGGAUCUCCAGGACGGAGGUGAGGAGCGAGCUGAGGGAGGUGCCCCAGCCGACCAAGAUGGACACGCGCUACUUCGGAGAGCUGCUGGCCGACGUCUACAGGAAGAACUGUGACAUCCACUCCUGCAUCUCGGAGCACGUGUCCAAGAUCCGUGGACAUAAACAUCAGCUGGAUCCCAGCAACGACUACAAGGUGGAGAAGGAGGAGGUGGAGGCCUUGAUUCCCAAAGGAGGCACUGAACUGACCAAGCAGCAGAUCCGUUACCUGCUGCAGACUCGUCUCACUGCAGAUAAGAGCAUGCGCCUGCUGCUCUCCACCUUCAGCAGUCUGAGGGAGGAGCUCCUCCACAUGUCCGAGGACCUGCGGCGUCUGGAGAUGGAGAAGGAAUCACUGGAGCGAGAUCUGAGCUUCAAAGCAGACCAGGCCAAGCAGUAUGACGUCCUCCUGGAGGCGGUCCGGGAGAACAACAGGCAGCUGCAGCUGUCCCUGAAGGAAACCAGCACCUCCCAGCGCUCCCUGGAGAGCCAGCUGGCGAGCAGCAGAAACACCGACUCCAGCCGCGACUUCCAGUUCAAGGAGCUGGAGGGACGGAUGAGGGCGCUGGAGAAAGAGAACGAGAUGCUGCGAACCAAGCUGGCGGGUCAGGGCAGCAGCACCACCCUGCACAUCAAGACGGAGGAGCUGUCCCGCCAGUACAAAGAUCAGCUGAGCGCCAUGAGACAAGAGAAAGACUCCGAGAUAUCCAGGCUCAGGACCCAGAUCACACGGAUCCAGACGGAGACGACCACGGAGAAGUCGUCUUCUGACAAGAGCCUCCACCUGAAGAUCUCGGAGCUGGUGGCCAUGUUGGAGCAGCGGCAGACCACCAUCACCCGGCAGGAGGAGGAGAUCAAGAGGCUGAUGAGGGAAAAGAACGACAGCUCCAAGAAUGUCACCAAGACCACCAUCACCAAGAGAUACCGGAACCAGUACCCCAUCCUCGGUCUGCUCGGCGACGACUACAUUUCGAGUUCUUCCUCCAACAUCAAAGAGGACAAGACCAUCACAAUCGAGAGAACUGGAGAGAUUAUCAAACAGGAAAUCAUUACUUCACCUUAAAGACACACUGCUUCUCUCCGACAGGAAUGAUUGAACGACAAGAAGACGUCCUGCCCCCCCCCCCCCCCUCCCUCCCUCCCCCUCUGCAUGUGUGCCCCCCCUCCCCCCCUCGUCUCCUCUCCCUCAUCCUCAGGGCUCCACGGGUUGGUGGUGGUUCAAAUCCCCGUCUCCCCUCCUUUUACAUACGGGAUCAUUGAUUCAGAUUCUUUGUCGUUUGGGCUUUUAAAAAAAUAUAAUAUAUAUAAAAAGGGGAAAAAAUAAAGUAAGACAUAAAGAUCGAAUGUUGUCAGACUCUCCUGCAGCCAGUUGGUUGUGUGAUGGAUUCAGGAGGCUGUGGUACAACUGGGAACUGGACGAGAAAUAAUCUGUUUGAUUUAUUCUUUUAAAUAACAGUUAAUCUAAUUUGAGAAAUAAAGGUUUCAAGGUCAAAAACAUCUCAACAAAUGUCUCAAACUGGCUUUUGAUUGGCUCCUAAACUAACGACCUGAAAUAUAAGUAUGAUCAUUUGUUUCAUAUUUAAUCUCUCUAAAACCUCACAGCUCUGCGGCCGGGUCGGGAACCGAGACAUGUUUCUUUUGAUUGAAUCACUGGACAGUUGAUUCUGUGAUAUAUUAAAAGACAAUCAUCUGUGAUACGUUUCUAAACAAAACUGAUAUUUCUUGUUUUAAUUUUUAUUUCCUACAUUAACAACUGAGAUUCAAAGUAAACACAAAGUGGCAGAGAGUAAAAGUCGCAGAUGAUUGUGUUGUGAUAUAUUGUUGUGUGAAUUAUUUGUCUCUUCCCUUCUCGGGUGUGGAGUUAUUAAGAGUCAGUUCGGGGUGCGUUUGGUUUCACAGACAUGUUCGACUCCUCUCGUCCAAGUUUUCAUUAUGAUCCUGUAAAAUCCUGCACGUUCAAUAGUCUGAGUCUUGUAGGUAAAUAUAUUUGUGAAGGAAACGGCUCCAGAAAGAUCUUGUAAAGGAAAAUAUGGAUAUGCAUCAUAUUUAAUAGUUGCACUUUGACAAUGAUAACAUGAUCUAACAUGAGCUUACUCUCUGAAGUGCAGCGAUAUUUCAGAUUUCACAGUUUGACAGAUGACCAACAUCACUUGAUUUCACAAACCCUGGUUUUAUAACGCUGCUCAAAUACUUUUUCCUGCUGUCCUUCAUUAAACAUAUCAAACAAUAACAGCCUGAUUUCUGGAAUUAAUACAAAAUCCUCAGGUUUCUUAGUAUCUAAUUUUGAGCAAUAUGAACAGAAUCUACAAAAUCAAUUCACUCAAUAUAUCGAGUCAAUAUGAGGACGAUAAACUUCUGUGGAACCAAAUGUUACCGAAGCGUCUCAACUCCCAGUUGUUGCUACCGCACGUCGAGCCGAGUCUGGUACUGGUGCAGGUACUGGUGCCAUGUAGCAUGAAAUCUUCCCCAGAGCCACCACAGCCACGUCAGCCCCGGGGACCAGGAAGUGGACGCGUCGCUAUGAUCUCGACUCUGCAUGUAAAUAUUUAUAUAGUAGAAGUUUAUGUUUGUUUGAGAAGGGCUCGCUCAGUGAAUGUUCUCCUCAGAAGAGCAGCCCUCCUGCUGUGUGCUCUGAGGAACAGGUGAAAAUGUUCCCAUCGGGUUGUUUCCUCUGCUUUUGCUUUGUGCUAAAUGGUUUAUAACGUUGAUUUCUGUCAUUUAUGUUGUUGUUUGAUUCUUUUACUUUGUGGUUUGUACAUGUUGAUGGACUCCGAGGUGCAUGCGAGCGUGUCAGUCACAUGUACUUCUGAGGAGCUGCGCCAUGUCUCACAUCCAUGAGAGGACGCUCUCGACUCACAUGGGUGUCGUGCAUCGCAGUGGGGGGGGGGGGGGGGGGUUACGAGCUGGACGUGUGGAACUGGAGCAUGAUUUAAUUGGGGGUUAUGAUGGUGGAAGAAAAUUUUAUAGCACAAUUUGAUGUUGUAUAGUGAGUCUCUCUCUUCCUGAGUUGUCCUGUCUCUGUUCACAUAAGGAAGCAUGUUGAAGGCUUUGUGUCCACCAGGGGGCGCUCCUCUCAGUUGCUGCAGCAGCUGAAGUUUACUUUUUAUAACUUUACACUGAGGCCUUAUCGUUGCUCCACGAAGCUUAAAAUAACUCUUUGACUUUUUGAACACAUUCCACUUGUCUCCUGAACUGGUUUCAUCCUCAUUAUUUACACCAUGAAGUAGUUAAUAUGUUGUAAUAGAUUAAAACUAUAUGUACAUUAUAUUUUUUACCAGCAGUAGAUGUAAAUAUUUGUAACUGGUUCGGAAUACAACAGUGGGAUUGUGGUGAAACCAAACACACACACACACACACACCAUAGACUGUCAAUAAAGAUGGACGACACGUCUCCCCUCCGUCCCACUGUUCAGAAAUCAAGCCAAAACAUCUGGGAUACAGGUGACACCAUUUUUUUUUUCUAUGACGUCAUAAGUCAGCCUCAGCUGUCAAUCAAUCAGUCUUGACAUUUCACACAGUUUUUAUAUCAUGAAAUAACCAAUUCAAACCAAACCCAUCUUUGAGAAACUUAAGACUAUCUGUUCUUUGUCCCAUCUACUGACAUGGUUUAUGACCUAUACUGCUACCCGCCACUGGGGGGCGAUGCAGAUGUUUUGUCGUCCAUUUUUACUUCACAAACACAAACAUCUGUACUUGCUUCACUCUGCAUCCUCUUUAUUAAAAAUCAUUGUCAUCGUCUCUCCUGCAGCUCAACAUGCACCGACUUGUGAUCUGUUUCUUUAGUUUUGCCGUUUUUAAGCAUCAGAUUAGGGAAGAAAUAACUUAAAAUGUUAACAAACUCUGUUUUAAACGUUUUAAUAAAAUAUACUGGAAACUUCA